AAUUCUGUCACUCUCAAUUUCAUUGCAGGUUAGUAAACAUGCUCCGACUUGAAGUCUGGAAUGGGCCUCAGCUAGAAAAUCAUACAUAUUUCGGACCCAAAUACAAUAAAUAGAAAUCACAACUUUCCAUCAGUAUCUUCCGUCGGUAUCUUCAAAUCUACAUCGUCCCUGCAAAAUUAUUCGCGCUUCACUUCCAAGCCAACUUUAUUCCUCCUCCUCUUAUUCCCUAAAUCCCCUAUUAAACCCUAACCCACUGCCCACGCCGAUCCAACCAUAUCAUCCCCCAGGAUUGCUAGUGCAAAGAUAUAGAAAGAGGUGAAAGGACCGAAAUCAUGUCUGAUGAAGGAAGAGUGCACCCGGAUUGCCGGAAUGCAUCCAAUCCCUACCAUGAAUGCAGCGAGUAUUGCUUCAAAGUUAUUGCUGAAACUAAAGCUCGGAUGGAUCAGUCUCAGUCAGAAUCUGUACAAGUUAGUGGGGGUAGUGGCAAAUCAAAAGUAGAGGCUGCUCAGCAAGUGGAAGAUCUAGAUAGACCAUCAGAGACUGAUGAACAUGCUGGUGAUGGUGAUGAAUUUCCCGUUGAGGAGGAGGAGAAUAUGGAAGGAGACUUCACCAAGUUCACAGGAAGGAAGAAAAGGUUGUGGGAGCUAAGGAUGAAGAUGAAUAAGGCUAGAAAAGCAAAUCAGACAGAUAUUGCAGCUGAAAAGAAAAGAAUGGAACCUCCACAAGAGUCAAGGGGUAUUUCUAAACAAAAAUGGCUUGAAGAGAGGAAAAAAAGAAUUGGGAAACUUCUAGAUGCAAACGGUUUGGAUAUGAAAAGCGCUUACAUGCUAGAUACACAAGAGAUGGCAGAGGCAAAGUACAAGAAAUGGGAAAAGGAUCCUGCCCCAUAUGGCUGGGAUGUUUUUAAUCAGAAAACAUUGUACGAUGCAUACAAAAAGCGAACAAAAAAUAUCGAGGUUGACCUGGAAGAAUACAAUAAGAUGAAAGAAGAAGAUCCGGAGUUCUACCGUGAAGCUUCCAGCCUUCAAUAUGGGAAGGCGCCAAAGAUCUCGGAGGAUAAGAUUGACAAGAUGGUGAAGGAACUAAAGGACCAGGAAGAGAAGAAAAAGAAAUUUAGCAGGAGGAGGAGGUUCCACGAUGAGAAGGAUAUUGAUUCAAUCAAUGACCGAAAUGAGCAUUUUAACAAGAAGAUUGAGCGAGCCUUUGGCAAAUACACAUUGGAAAUCAAGAACAAUCUUGAGCGUGGAACUGCUCUGCCUGACUAAGGUAAACUGCGUCAUGCAUGUGUUAUGAUGUUUUUGUGGGUACUAUUCCCUCAACUUACUGCCGCCAGAUUUGAAGCUAAAUUGUAAUAAUACAUGUUUGAAUAUCAUGUGAAGUGUUUCCUUUAUUCAGGUCUUGAUACCAACUUCUAAGUGUCUUUAACAAUCUUUAGCUGUUUAACAUAGUUUCCUCUGUUGUAUCUGGUUUCAUUGACGUGAAAAGAAAGUUCUGGCUUGAGAGAAACUUUACUGUGUAUAAUUGUGUAGGGUGAAGGGCAUAAUGACCAUGGAGAGCCAUCAGCCAUGAAACACUUUAGCUUUAUCUUUCAUGAUUUGCAAUGCUUUUAUCGUUGAGAAUCUCUUUUUAACGGCCUUGUUAACUUUGCCUGUCAUUCACAACUUUGCAGCAUACUACUAAAAAUGGUUGUUAAGCUAACAGUUAAUGUUACCAGCCGAGACACAUGUUUGGACAGUAAAUCAUCUGUUACUAUUCUUUUCAUCUGAAUGAAUGAUUUUUUUACUCAGCUUCAAUAUUUCUUCUUUCAUUGUCUCAAUUCCCGAUUUUCUUUUCGUUUCUUUCAACUACUCGUGCAAGAGGGUAUAAUAAUUGGUUGUUGAAUGGUACCUCCCAGAUUUCAGUCACCAGACGGUCAUGUAAAUUGUGGAUUG